AUGGCGCGGCGGGCGCUGGUGCUGGUGCUCUGCCUCUCCCUGGCUGCGGUGGCAUCUGCCAACUGCGUGACCCAGUGCUCCCUCUGCGCAGUCCAGACCCACAGCGCCGAGAGCAGCGUCUGGCCCCUGGACUACCCGGGGCCGGCAGGCGAAGGGGGCGAGAAGCCCACGGGUGCCGGGGCCGAGGGGCAGGAGCUGGCAGAGCUGCACAAGCGUUACGGCGGCUUCAUGCGCCGGAUCCGGCCCAAGCUCAAGUGGGACAAUCAGAAGCGCUACGGGGGCUUCCUGCGGCGGCAGUUCAAGGUGACCACGCGGUCGGACGAGGACCCCAGCGCCUACUCAGGGGAAGUCUUGGACCUAUAG